CCUGGGCAAUAGUUUUUCUCUUUUUCUCCCCUAUUCAUGGCAAGGCCAAAUAUAACAUAUGCUACUACCUUUUCUCUUGUUAUAGCUGUUUGCAUGGGGGCUAUAAACAUGGGUAGGGCAGCAGUGCCAGCAAUUUUCAUAUUUGGUGAUUCAACAGUUGAUGUUGGGACUAACAAUUAUUUGAAUGGCACUGCUGCACUUGCCAACUUUCCCUAUAAUGGAAUUGAUUUUCCUGAGUCAAUAUCUACUGGGAGAUUCAGCAAUGGCUACAACAUAGCUGAUGCAUUAGCCAUGCUGUUAGGAUUUGAGAGGAGUCCAGAGCCAUAUUUGUACCUUGUCAACCACAUGUCUGUUUAUAGAAAUAAAAUAUUGAAGGGGGUCAACUUUGCAUCUGCCGGCUCCGGAAUUCUUGACGAUACCGGAAAAAAAUUAUGGAAAAGAGUUGUACCAAUGAGAAAGCAGAUUCAACAAUUUGCAUUAGUCAGAAGAAACAUCAGUGAGAUAAAGGGUGAGAAGGAAACUGCUAAGGAUCUUUCCAAGUCAAUCUUCAUUUUAAGUGUGGGAUCAAAUGACAUCCUUGAUCCCUUCCGUUUAGGAACCAACUUAACCAAGGAUCAUUUGAUGGCUACUCUUCACCCAGUCUUUCAUCAGCAUUUAAAGAAUUUAUAUGAUUUGGGUGCUCGGAGAUUUGGAAUUCUACCUGCUGCACCAAUUGGUUGUUGUCCUUACUCGCGCGCUUUGGACAAAUCCGAAGGUGGUGAUGGUGCAUGCAUGACGGAACCAAAUGAAUUUGCUAGAGCUUUCUACAUAAUUGUUGACAGUCUCUUAGAAAGCAUGAGCUCAGAACUUCCAGAAAUGAAGUAUUCACUAGGAAAUGUAUACAAAAUGACAAAGUUUAUCUUCAAGAAUUAUCGUUCUUAUGGCUUCAAGGAAAUCAGGAAAGCUUGUUGUGGAUCAGGAGAUUACAAUGGAGUAGGGUAUUGCAAUGAAGCACAAAAGCCAAACCUUUGUAAGAAUCGUAAAGACCACCUGUUCUGGGACUUAUAUCAUCCAUCUGAGGCUGCUACCAAUUUAUCGGCCUUAACCCUUUAUUAUGGAGAUAACAAGUACAUGAAACCAAUCAACUUUCAUAUGCUAGCAAACGUUUAAGUAUAACAUGGAUGAUUGAGUAGAGCACUCUAGAUUGUAUAUGUUUUAAUCAAUCCCAUGUUUUUCCACAUCUCAUUUUAUAAUAAUGUGUAA